AUGAAGAUGAUGAAAGAAUCCAUUGACGCUGCCGAUCCAAGCAACGAGCCAUCACAAGAUGAAUCAGAUCCUGAGUUCAGUCUUGCUGGGCCCAAAAGCCUUGUCGCUGUCAAGAAAGGGACGCGAUGGACACAAUGCGACAGCCCUCGACUCAGGAACAACUUGCUUGGAGCUGUGGGAUUCCUCGAGCUCGCCAACGCUGGCGACUUUGCUGCCAAUGUUUGGAACGAUACUCCGGUGCCAAUCCAUGCUGUGGUACUCAUGGCAAUAGGGGGAUUUACAGCCCUGGUGUUCUCGGUCUUUGCGUUUAUAGACUCCAGGAGGGCCUGGGCCAAUAUCUCGUUUCUUCGCAGCCAGCGCAAGUUACUGGAGGAAGAAAAGGCUCAUCGAAUUACUGAUUCACGGCCAACCCAAGAGAUUGACGUCCUACUCGAAAUCACCAUCCGCGAGCUUCGAAUCGAAAUCAUCAACCGAUGGGCAAUGGACGUCUUGUUGGGAGGGGGUGCAGUGCUCAUAGGGACUGGCACAUUCAUGGCCAUCGGCGGUGCAAAUCGUCGCGUGUGGCUGGCCAGCAACAUCCUCUCCGGAUAUCUCGGAAACGCGCCCAUCGCUGCCUUCGGUUUAAUCAGUGCGACAUGGGCUGUCAUCGUAUGGAAAAAGAUGAGGCAUCAUCGUCUAGCAGCUGAGAAAGCAUUGAAAGGCGCGCCCGCGUUGCCCCUCAUUAAGCGACGUUGUUUCAACCUCCAACUAUUCUACGUGGUCAACGGCAUUGCUACUAUCCUCGGAGGAGUUGGAUCCAUGUUGACGGCGGAAAGAUGGUGGGGCUACGUGAUCCUCAUCCCCGUCAUCAUGUCUUCGCUGUUCUGCAACGUCUGGUGGCGCAAGAGAGUUGGUUAUGAUCGUCCAUGGAUUGCCGACCCUGCACCCAUGAACACCAACGGCCUCGUUCACGCACUGGAAUCCACGGCGCAAAUCCGACGAGCUUUCCAGAAUGGUCCUGGCACGAUUCUCCCUCGGAUUGUUGGCGGGUUGCCUAGUCCUGCUUUCCCCGAAGUCCUGGAUUUCAUGGUGAAGCACGAUCUUUUUGAGAAGUUCUGUCUUUACCUCAUCAACAAUAUGCAUGUGGCACACGUACUAGGCCUUCAAAAAUCUACCCGAGUAGAACUCGACGUAUCUCGCAUUUUAGAGAUACCAGACAUCCACCAUCCUCAGCUGGUGGGACUGGCAGAGGAGUUUCUUCGAGACGAGGGGGCGAGGCAUUUUCAGACGAGGGAAAGGUUCAUGAUCGAGAUCUUGGGGACGCAUUUGAUCUUGACUGAGAAAGACCAAGAGACACAGGUUGAAAAAUAG